AUGCCUUAUCGUGCCCCCUUGAGGAUCAAAACCAUGGGUGCUCCAACCCUCUUGGAGAAACGUCCCCUCUCCCCUCAAGUCAAGACACCCUUGGGAGAUGACCUAACAACCUCUCCCGCAAAAAGGCGCCGGGUAUUUAUGGCUGAUAAGCAGUAUGCGGAAGAGCCCGAAAACCCAAGCUCUCCUGCCGUCACAGACCCCAAUGCCCGGAAACUGGCUGAAACUGUGGCCUUUGUGGAGCGAGCAUUCAGCUCAUGGAAAGCGUUCGAGGAUGAGUUGCUGCCAAUAGAAUGCCAUUGCGCACCCUUGCGUGGCCGCUCGGACUACCGCAUUUGGAGCCGCAAAAUUAAGAUGAUCCUGAAGCGACACUGCGUUCUCGAUCUCGUGGAAGGCCGAAUUGCACAGCUACCCCAAGCGCAUCCCCUAGAUCGCGAUCUGGAGAGACUGAACGCAACAGCCGCCAGGAUCAUCACUAGAAACCUGUCUGCCCUCACUAAGCCCAUGGUCCGCACCAUGACCAAUCCCCGGGCGAUGUGGGAGAAACUUGAGAGACACUGCAAGCCGUCCGAUUGGUCUUUGGCACAAUCGGGUUGGAUGAGCCUGCAAAAUAUCAAGUACAGCCGAUGCUCUGGUGUGAGAGACUAUGUGGAGCAGAUGGAUGAUGCAUGGAGAUCUAUCAGUCUUGAUAGAGAUGAUAUUUUCGAAAGUCAUGAAAUCGCACGCUGUGCUAGUUUGGUGUUCGCUCUGGACACGCCAAAAUGGGAAACCUGGAAGACGAAUGUCCUUUCAGGCCGUCAAGCCAACAUCCCUAGCUGGGCAAACUUGGUGGACAAGCUGUUCGCAGCUGAGUUCAAAUAG